CAGGCGCAACGGGGCAUCAGGUCGUGGAACUGCUCUUCUCCCCCACCCACUGGGGUAUACAUUUUGUUAUAUACACACUGACUCGGAUAAACGCCUUAGCUAGCUGGGGGGAUACGGCCCUUAUAUACUUCCUGCGUUUUGGCCCCUGAUCUGCGGCUGAAUGUUUCCUGGCGAGACCUUCUCCGCGCCGGCUAAGCGAGACUCAACGUCUGGGGAAAACACUCCCCCGACCCAUUCUCCCACAUCACGGGGGCAAAAAUUGUGGGAAUCUUUCUGCAUAGUCCGAAGAUUAAGUACCUCUAGCUGCAUUUUCGGCGUAUCACAGCCUCGCUAUUCUGUAUCUCCAGAAUGGUCCUCCCCGGAUGGGGUUUGGCCACGACGUAGAUUGUGGAGAGCGUUCGAGGCAGGGGAGAAAUCCGUAUCCACAUUCUGGCUGCUCCGUAGAACUUGUAGGAAUCCGAAGAUAUUACUUAUGGCCCGGCCCGUCUCUGCCUGUCCUCUCUUUCUUCUUUUUUUUCCCAUCCAUCUUUCCUGUUGACAGGACAUCCCCUUUUAUAUUCUUCUUUUGUCCUUGUCCUUGUUCGUUCCCCUGUUGACAGGAUUUUUCACGAUCAUCAGAGUUUUCUCCCUCUCGUCCUUCCUCCCCCUCCCUCUUCUCCCAUACAAUGGGUGGAAUUCUUCACCUCGUUGAGGACCGUCCGACUCCCAAAAAUGUCUACAAUUGGCGAGUCUAUGUGCUCGCCCUCAU